GCCGUGACUCUUCUGCCCGCUUGCGAGUGCGCCUGGUAUGGGUAAUGGUGUGAGAGCAGCUCAAGUGGAUUUCAAACGGCAGGAUGUGGAGCCCGCUGUGCCAGCUCAUCUUCCAGCAGAGGGAACACAGGAGGAGAAGAAAGUGCUCAACUCCCUGGUGUCUGGGGCGCUGGCCGGUGCUGUUGCUAAAACAGCAGUAGCUCCGCUGGAUCGGACGAAAAUCAUGUUUCAAGUGUCUUCAAAAAGAUUUUCUGCCAAGGAGGCCUACCGGCUCAUCUACCGCACCUACCUCAACGAGGGCUUCUGGAGCCUCUGGCGAGGGAACUCGGCCACCAUGGUCCGCGUGGUCCCCUACGCCGCCAUCCAGUUCUGCGCGCACGAGGAGUACAAGCAGCUCCUAGGCAGUUACUACGGCUUCCAGGGAAAAGCGCUGACACCCUUUCCUCGAUUCAUUGCUGGCUCUCUGGCAGGCACAACAGCUGCCAUGUUAACCUACCCCUUGGAUAUGGUUCGAGCGCGAAUGGCUGUCACGCCGAAGGAGAUGUACAGCAAUAUCGUUCAUGUCUUCAUCCGAAUAUCCCGUGAGGAAGGACUGAAGACAUUGUACAGAGGAUUCACGCCAACGAUUCUUGGAGUGAUCCCAUAUGCUGGGCUAAGUUUCUUCACCUAUGAGACGCUGAAGAAGCUACAUGCAGAUCACAGUGGGAAAUCUCAGCCAUCCCCUCCGGAGCGGCUUUUGUUCGGUGCCUGCGCAGGCCUCAUCGGCCAGUCGGCCUCCUACCCCCUGGACGUGGUUCGCCGGCGGAUGCAGACGGCCGGGGUCAUGGGACACACGUACAGCUCCAUCCUUCUCACCAUGCAGGAGAUUGUAAGAGAAGAAGGACUGAUCCGUGGCUUGUACAAAGGACUCAGCAUGAACUGGGUCAAAGGGCCGAUUGCAGUGGGAAUAAGCUUCACCACCUUUGACCUGAUGCAGAUCCUGCUCCGUAAAUUACAGCACAGCACUAACGUCCAAAGGUAGUAGCUUAAUCCCCGCAGCCCUUGCUGGGGAGAAGUACAACGUACGCGUACAAAGAGCAGUGCUAGCAUUCCCAAGCUUUGUACGUGCUCUCCUGCAGCUGAGAACUUACC